AUGAAGUUGAAUGGCAUGAACGGAACUCCUUGCCGAAAUUGGAACGACAUCAAACCCCCUCUUCGAAAAGUCGACUAUUUGCAAGAACCUCACAACUACUGCAGCGAAAUCGACAGUCUUAUUGACCAAUUCAAACGCACUAGAAAUCUAAAACGGAAAUUUUGGGAAUAUUGCUUCACGGAAGAAGAAGUAGAAGAGAUGAAAAAAUCGCCUUGCAAAAACUCUGAAAUUUGCCCUGGCAGCUAUUCCGGAACUGUGGACAGGACAAUUUCGGGCUACAAAUGCCGCUGCUGGUCUGAUGUUGGCCUGUCUAUCAGACCCAGCGAUGAAAAUACGAAAAAGCUUUUGAAGGAACGAUGCGGGCUGGAAAGAAACUUCAACGACUAUCAUAAUUAUUGCAGAAAUGUUCCUCAAAACUUCAACAACGGAACCCACGACGUCUGGAAGUUCGAAGACCAGCCGUGGUGCUAUCUAGCAAACGCGGAGGACAUCGAAAUCUUGGGAAAAAACUGGCAGCACUGUAGAACCCAGCCAGAAUACAGCGCGGCGCCUUUCAACCACGAAGAGACUGAAAAAAGCACGGAAGAAUGCCUCAACGUCGAAUAUUAG